AUGCCUCUGAAUUCCCAUGAAGAAGCACUCCUCGGAAAUCCCACUGCUGCAGAUAUUGAUUAUAACCAUCAACGGCUUGACCAGGCACCCGCCGAAAGGAUAAAAAUCGGAAAAUGGACUCUUGUCGCUCUUAUUUUGAAUCGAACAAUCGGUUCGGGAAUAUUCCUAACACCGCAUAGAAUACUCGCUGGCACAGGAUGUGUCGGUGGUGCUUUGCUCCUCUGGGUCAUUGGGGCGGUGAUCUCACUCUGUGGACUUUAUGUUUGGCUUGAGUGUGGUCUAUCAAUGCCUCAACGAACCGUCAGAGGUGAGACAGAACCUCGGGGAGUACCUAGGUCUGGAGGUGAAAAGAACUUUUUGGAGUUCAUGUUUCCGAAUGCCAGCGCCCGUCUACCACACAUCAGAACUACAUGUGCUUUCAGCAUCAUGUUUAUUCUACUCUACAAUCUGAGUGGUAAUGCGAUCUCUUUCGGCAUCCAAGUCAUGACUGCCUCUGGUAUCUACGACCCAAUGUCUGGCGAAGUCCCAGACAAGGGUGUAGCUGCCGGCAUCGCGAUCGGCGCGCUGACUUUCGUUGUCCUACUCCAUAUGUUCUCACGCCGCGGCGGGAUCUUGGUCAACAAUGCCUUCGCUGUCACCAAAGUCCUCCUGCUCGUGGCGAUCAUCGCGCUCGGAAUCGCCAAAGCCGCGGGAGCGUUUCCUGGUCCCGGAAAGGCACCUUUGGAAAACUUCACCAAGGGAGUGUUUGUUACAAAUAGAAAGGAUGUCACCAGCUGGUCGAAUUCAUUGAUGCUCUGCAUGUACAGCUUCUCCGGAUUCGAGCAACCUUUCUAUGUCCUUGCAGAGUCAAAGAGCCCGCACAAAAAUUUCCCAAAGUACACCGUCCUGGCAAUGGGCAUUGCGGCCGUGUUGUUCAUGCUCGUCAAUAUCGCCUAUCUUUUUGCCGUGCCCAAGGGUCUGGUCAUCCCCGCCGGAGCCGGUGAUAUACCUCAGAGUAUCGACAUGGCCACACUGUUUUUCGAGCAUCUCUUUGAUGAUCAAGCACAUGGCCGCCGAGCCAUGGCAGGAUUGAUUGCGGUUUCCAUAUUCGGAAAUCUGGUUGUCAUGACCUUUACUGCGGCAAGAGUCAAGCAAGAAAUCGCCAAGGAAGGAAUUCUGCCAAAAUCACUCAUUUUUGCGACAUCUUACACGACUCCUUACGGAAUGUGGAAGAAAUGGAUGAGUCGCAAUACAAUCCUUCCGGAAGACCUCGAGCAGGCCCCCACAGCCGCAUUUGUGUUGCACUGGUUUACGUCUAUACUUUUGAUCCUCGUGACACUCCCAGUUGGGGAUCCUCGUAAGGCAUACUCGGCACUGGUAUCGUUGUACUCUUACACGAUAGUGACAUUCCUUGGGUUCUGGGUGUCAAUUGGACUUCUGUGGAUCAAGUUACGACGUGGAAGGUGGCAUUGGCAAGAACGUCGACGGUAUCGGCCCUGGCUCAGCCCGGCGCACGCCAUCAUCUACACACUGGCAAGCGCCUUUGUUCUGAUAACGGCGUUCGUACCACCCUCGCUGGGAUCACCCUUCCAUUCCAGCGUGACUGGCUUUGAGUGGUACAUUGUCCCCGUCAUCGGUAUCAGCGCUCCUUUCUGGGGUCUGGCGUGGUACGGUGGCCUUUUGCUCUACCAACGCUUCACGGACCACCAAUUGGUGGUGAACCGCACGCCCUUCUGGAUGAAAGACCCGGACUACCCAUCAGAGUACAUUCAACAGGCAAAAAUAAUUGACCAUACCUGGCAAAUACGCCCGCGGCGAGGCUUGGAGUCAGGAUUUGACGAUCCAGCGGAACCCAAAGACGGUCUCAAUACGAGACAGCGAGAAGCUGAUCCAUUCGAGACAAGUAGUGAAGAAGGAGGAAAUAACGGUCAGAAGAGGUGGCCAUGGAAGCGUGGGGCCAAGAGCACCACGAUGACUGACGGACGACGGCUGUCAGAUGGGUUUGAAAAUUGA